AUGGAGGAGACUCUGAAUAAAGUGGCAGAUCUGUUGUCAACUUUAUCUCCAGCUCAAUGGUGCCAGAGUUUCUUCACACUUUCUGCUGCUCUCGUUUUAGCUCUACAGGUUCUCCCUCAAGAUGUCCGUAGGGCUAUGAUGGACUAUGGUCCUCGAAGACCUAAAGACGGUAAGUCCAAGAGCAAGAAAGAAGACGAUGAGAAGCAAAGCUUCGCAGGCUUGAGAUCAUUCUUGAAAGACCUAACGGAAUAUGGACAAGUGCCUCACUCGUGGUUUAUGCACUUCUACAUCACUUCGGUAUCUCUGUCAGGCUUCUGGGCUUGGCAAUAUUUGACGAGGGGAUCGGUGUUGCGGAGUAUUGCUACUUGGCAGGACAGGGCUGGCAGAUCAUCCAUGAGCUUAGAGCAAAUAUAUAUCGCAUGGCUGCUCAUGGCGUUGCAGGGUUCAAGGCGGUUAUAUGAGAGUUUGUUUGUAUUCAAACCAGGCUCGUCACCCAUGUGGUUCAUUCACUGGGCACUUGGUGUUGCUUUCUAUGCUGUUAUAAGCCUCGCUGUCUGGAUCGAGGGUUCCAGUGCAAUUUUGUCAUGUUGGGAUUCUCCUAACCAGUCCCUUAAUAUCCCACGGAGACAUCUGGCCAGCCUCAAGAAGUACACACUUCCAACAGAAGGGUGGUUCAAAUACCUCGUCUGCCCCCACUAUACUGCCGAGUGCAUUCUGUAUCUUGCAAUUGCCUGGAUCGCCGCGCCUCCAGGCGAGCUAUUCAACAAGAGUAUCCUGACUGCUGUGGCGUUUGUGGCCGUAAACCUGGGCGCUACGGCAAAGGGCACAAAAACGUGGUAUGAGAACAAGUUCGGCUCAGACAAGGUAGCCGAUCGAUGGAUCAUGAUCCCGCCUGUCUACUAG